AUGAAGUGCUUUAUUUCUCAAUUUGCCGCAUGUGGGAAACUGAGCUGGUUUCAAAGAAGUGCUACUACAUUUACGCCAAAAAAUCUAAAGUCUUUGACUCCUUACGAAAUAAUGGAACUUCCAAGAACAUGUACUCCAGCUGACAUCAAGAGAAAAUACAUAGAACUGGUUAAGCUGCGUCACCCAGACAAGAGUAAAAGUGGAUCCUCCGAGGAUGCUGCUCUGAAAGCACUUGAUGAAAAGAAUCGGCAAGAAUACUUUCGUCUAUUGGUGGCUGCAAAGUCUUUGCUAACCGAUCAUCAACGGCGCCUUGAGUAUGAUCGCUUCGGAUUUCAUUGGAAUCAAUCUUCUGGCUCACAACCUUCUGCCAAACCAUCUGCGAAUCCUCGGUACCCUAUGUAUUCUCGUUACCGUCGUUCUUCUGGAAUGGGAAGUUGGGAAGAAUAUUACUACAACUCUUUUGAUUAUGAACAAAAUCAUAAAGCAAAGGGUGAUUACAGAAAAGAGGAUGAUGAGGGAAUGAUAGUUUUUGCGGCUAUCCUUUCUUUUUUAAUAAUCUUUUCAGUGUACUCAAACUACAGAAAUUCAAAAUAUUACCGAGAAGCUCGUGAAGCUCGUGCUGCUGCAAUUGAACAAUCAGAAGGCGAUUUUGGUGCUUACAGUACCGGAAUGUCUGACUUGAGCAAGGACGACCGUAUAUCACGAUUUUUAAUCAUUCGUGAUCAAAGCCUAAAGUCUGAUUCUUCACCCUCUUCUUCGACUUCAAGACUUCCCUUACAUACGUCUUCGCCGCCUACUGCUCCAUCCUCUUCUUCUGAGUUGUCGUUGCCUGCACCUGCUUCUCCCCCCUCUUAA